AAUAUUAUUAAAAUAUAUGGAAUAUCUCGAGAUCCAAAAACAAAAAAUUAUAUAAUAGUUCUUCAAUAUGCAGAAGGUGGAAAUUUUAAUGAUUGGAUAAAUAAAUGUUAUAAAGAUUUUGAUUGGAACAAUAAAUUACGAACAUUAUAUAAUAUUAUUUUUGGUUUAAAUGAAAUUCAUCAAAAAGAGAUGGUUCAUCGUGAUUUUCACACAGGAAAUAUAUUAUUUGAAUUUGGUUAUGUUAAUCAAUAUAAUGAUACAUAUAUUUCAGAUAUGGGAUUAUGUGGAGAAAUUGGCAAUGUAGAUAAAUCCAAAAUUUACGGGGUUAUGUCUUAUGUAGCUCCAGAAGUAUUAAGAGGAAAACCCUACACUAAAGCAGCAGAUAUAUAUAGCUUUGGUAUGAUCAUGUAUUUUGUAGCAACUGGAAGACAACCUUUUUCUGAUCGUGCGCAUGAUGAAUUUUUGGCGUUGGAUAUAUGUGAUGGAAUUAGUCCUAAAAUCAAAGAAUUAGAAGCACCAAAAUGUUAUGUUGAAUUAAUGAAAAGGUGUUGGGAUUUGGAUCCAAACAAUAGACCAAAUGCU